CCGAAGCAUUUGUAAAUAAAUUGGUUUGCUGUAGCUCGUACAAAGGUAAGAGAAAACAGGAUUUUCGAGGUCGACGCAGGUAGCGCGCGGUUACUAAGGCUGCCAAGCAGCCAGCUGUUUUCCCUCCUUACAUUUAAAGAAGGGUCUGAAUAGAUGUGAGUCAGUGCGAAUCGUGUUCUUCGCAUGCACAGACGUGCUACAGUUAACGGAAACGUUUGGCUAGCCUAUGCAAUAUACUGUAGAGACAUGGAGGAAUUAUCGAGGACUGAAUUUGCAAGAUUGAAUCAAACGGAAAAAGAAGCUUAUUUGAACGCGAUAUUAGGAGACGAUGAUGACGAGUCGUCAGACGAAGCGUCUGACAGCGAUGGCGACUGGUUACCAAAUGAAAUUUUGCCUGAGCGUGAGGCUCUUGAUAGCGAUGAAUCUGGUGUAGAUAAUCAAGAAAUGCCAGUUGCUCAGGAAAUUGAUGCACCUUCCGAAGAAGAUGGCGAAGAAGAGGGAGAGGAAGGAGAAAGUGAAAGAGAGGAUCAAGCAGCAGUAGGGGAAACACUAUGCGCUUACAUAGCGAAAGAUAAAACGGUAUGGAAUAAAACGCCGCUUCAUCAACAUCAAACUGCAUCUCAUAAUGUAGUGCGUCAGCAAAGUGGUCCUCAUCGAAGUACCAUAACACUUUCAAUAAGCGACACUUUCAAGAAAAUAUUCACAGUAGAUAUGGUAGAUAUUAUCGUUCGACAUACAAAUAAAAAGGCUUUGUCAGUCUACGCAGCAUUCAAUGCAGCGCAUCCAGAUUCGAAGCGAGAAUGGAAGCAUGUUACUGUACAAGAAAUGUACUCAUUUAUGGCCAUUUUGAUUUGCUCUGGUGUUAAUAAUUCUAACAUCGAUCAUACAAGUGUUAUGUGGCAUUCAAAUUCAUAUCCACUCUAUCGAGCGACAAUGGGGCUCAAUAGGUUUCGAAACAUCAUGCGUUUUAUUAGAUUUGACGACGCCAAUACACGCCAGCAACGCGCAAAAGAGGACAAAGCAGCUCCGAUCCGUGAUCUCUGGACAAUGCUCAACGCAAAUUUAUCUAUGAUGUACAAGCCGACGGAGAAUUUAACGAUCGAUGAACAACUUUAUCCUUUUCGCGGUCGCACAAAGUUUACGCAGUACAUACCUUCGAAACCAGCCAAAUAUGGAAUCAAGAUUUGGUGGAUUUGCGACGCUGAAAAUGCCUAUCCCUUGCACGGCAUCAUUUACACAGGCAAAACAGGUAAUGUUCGAGAGAAACAUCAAGGAGAAAGAAUAGUAAAAGAACUUGCAGCCGCGUACCGAGGCAGUGGUAGAAAUAUUACCAUGGAUAAUUAUUUUACAACCUUACCACUUGCCAAACAUUUACUUUCAUGGAAGUUAACUUUAGUUGGCACUUUGAAGAAAAAUAAACCUUACAUUCCAAGUGCGAUGGCUCGAAAUAAAUCGAGAGAACUAUACUCUACUAUGUUUGGAUUCCACGAAAAAGUAACGCUGUGCUCCUACGUACCGAAGAAGAAUGAAGCAGUUAUUCUAAUAUCAACGAUGCAUUCCGACAUGGCUGUGAACGAUGAUGCUAAGAAGAAACCCCAUAUUAUCACAUAUUACAAUAAACAUAAAGCUGGCGUCGACACGAUGGACCAAAUGAUUAGUAGAUACACUACACAACGUCGUACUUUGAGAUGGCCGGUAGUUAUGUUUUUCAACAUGUUAGACGUUGCCUCACUCGCUGCCUACCUCAUUUAUUAUGAAAAUAAUAAGAUGCUGCCGAAAAAAACCAACCAGCGACGGUUAUUUCUACACCAAUUGAGCGAAGAACUUGCAACGCCAAUGAUUGAGGAUCGAUAUCAUAACGUGCAAAUAAUGAGAAAUUAUAGCACCAAGAUCGCUAUUGAAAGUGUAAUCGGUCGGCCAGUAAAUCCAGUGGAGGCUAAUCCAGGUCCGUCAGUUCAACGAGAUGCAUCAGGAAGGAAGAAAGUUAUCGGUUCCUGCCAUAUUUGUUACAAACAAACAAUUAAGAAGAGAAGGAAAACACGAAAGGCCUGCUCCGAAUGUGAUAGGCCUAUUUGCGAUGAACAUGCGAUAACUUUUGCCAAGAGCAUAGAAUGCAAUAAAUAA